GAUUAUUAUGUACACAAAUAAUCGGGAUUGAGCAACUGAGGAAUACUUCUUGUCGAAUUUGUCAACAUUUUUGCAGAAAUUCUGCAUGUUGUAGCUGACGAAAUGCCUUGUGAUACAAUAUCACCUAAAACCCACCAUCUUCUAAGCAUGCUAAGUGGUGUUGGUUCAAAGGAUUCUACCAUUAACCAGUAUAAACUGAAUCAAAUUCGGACUUAUUAUCCGGAUGGCAAAAGGAAACGAGCCGCUUGUCUGUGCUUCCGAAACGAAUCAAAGAAUGAGGUCUUGCUUGUGUCUAGCAAGUCAAGUCAAGAUUUAUGGGUGAUACCAGGCGGUGGCCUCGAACCUGAUGAAACACCAGCCGUGGCAGCUGUCAGAGAACUAAUAGAGGAAGCGGGUGUGAGUUCGAGAUUGGUGAACUUUGUGGGUAACUUUGUAGAUGCAUCCAACAAGCACAGAACGUCGGUGUUUGCUUCAGUAGUUACAGAAGAGUUUGAUUCUUGGGAAGAUCGAGAAAGGAUAGGGCGAUGUCGAAGGUGGUUUUCUGUGGAGGAGGCAUCAAGGAGACUCAUAGAGUACAAGCCGUAUCAGGAUCAGUAUCUGCAGGUUGCCAUAGCAGCAAGAUGAUCUGCGGCGGGGGUUUCAUCCGAGGGGGUGAAGCCUAAAGAUGUCACCAUCAUCAUCCAAAGUUUCUUCAGGAGCAACAUGCAGUGUCUGUGAGAAAGAGCAGGAGCUGGUUACCAGCGAAGAUCCUGGGGACGUUUCACAAAACUUGUCAUCAGUGACAAAUGACAGUUUUUGUUAUAAGCUACUGAAAUCCUUGCUUGUGAUUGGUUAUCAGCACAUCCCCCUGGUUUAAAGUUUAAGCUCUUCACAGUCCCACUGCCUAAAGCUAACUGAUGUGUGUGUACAUUCUGCCAAAGAGUUUUGAUAACAGAAUGAUGGUGAACAUUCAAACACUGGGAAAGAACUGACUCCCUUCCUAUUUAUCUGCAACUUGUUUACAAUGACUUCAUUCAUUUUACCUUUCGCUCAAGUCAGAUUAGAUAUAAAGCCUGACGUUGCAGUUUUUGGUGCUAAGCAUGGACAGGAAUCUUUGCACUUUUGAAAGUUGACAGUGGAUCAAUUCAUUUGGAGACACCCUGGAUACCUUUUAGUGAAUACCUUGCAUUACAGACUGCCUCAGCCAACUCAUAACUACAUGUACAUUACUAUGGACAACUCCUCUUCUAAACUCAGCCUCAUUUUCAUUGUACAUACAAUUAAAUGUACAUAAAUAUAUUCUACAUGAUUGGAUGAUCAUGUGAGCAGAGUUAGCAGACAUUGCAAAUUGAUAUACCAUAACUUUUGUGCUAAUGAUUGGGGGGGGGGGGGGGGGGGGGG